AUGUCCAACAACACACAAUCAUCCGCCCCCAGCCGUUGUGGCCGCCCGCAAACGAUAUCUUAUGCGGAUCUCAUGAAGCCAGAUGAGGAUUGGAGGAACCUCCCAGACGCCUCGGAGAGGAGGAAGAUCCAGAAUCGUCUUGCACAAAGAGCAUACCGCCGGAAUAUGCGAGAUCGAACGAAGGAAGUUGAGCGACUCAAGCAGCAGCUACAGAAGCUACAGGAGGCACAGGACAGCAACGCACCCGAGACGACAUCUACGAGAUCGUCAACAACCAGUGCAUCCGAGCCAGAUACGUCUGCCUCUGGAAGCAGUACGCCAAGCAGACAAGAUUCCACCUUCUCGGUCGAGAUCUCAUCUCCACCUCCGACAAUAACGGGCUCAGACUGGAUGGGUAGUUGUUUCCAGGUCUGGUCACAGAGUCCGUCACAGGACGAUGACCUGCACGGCCUGGGACUCACAACAGACGGAGAGCAACCAAUGAACUUUGAUUCUUCGUCCUAUUUCCCUCAAUUAUCUGGGCCCGAAGAUUACUUUUCCUCCCCGCCCGCUGCUGCUAGGAGUCGGGCAGUCUCUACGUCUAACGUCACCUCCCCACCACUACAACACCACCACCAACACAUGCGAAGCAACAGCAAUCCUCCCUUUUUCUCACGAUGCGAUAGUCCUUCGGCCAAUUCUUCAUGGCCCCAUAAUCACAGGAGCGAUAGCAGAGACUCGCUACAGGUCCCGGGUAUGUCGGCAUCACCUAGCCCGCUCCUACUGGAUCCACUUAGCAAUCAAAAUGGGUUGUUGGCAUUAUCACCCGCUUCCUUCAAUCUGUAUCCCACCCCAGACGAAUUGACGCUUCCCAUUCCCGACCCAUCUUUCUCUUUAGAUGAUCUAACACCAACGGCGGCUUAUCCCACUCCACCUGAGUCCAAUCUUGGCGGUGCUUGGCCGGCGUUGAACGGCAAGUCCCAGCAACGAGAUCGAAGUCCCUCCACAGCAACAACAACCAGCGCGCCCCUGUUGCACCUCGCUGUCGAGUCGGGUAACAUGGACACACUUCGAUUGCUGUUGCAGCGUUUCGAUAUCUCGAUCAACGCGAAAGAUGGCACCGGUUGCACGGCUUUGCAAAAGGCCGUGAUGCUGGGUCGUGCAGACAUGGUCUCCGUCUUACUCGAGCACGGUGCCGAUAUCAGUGGGAACGAUGCAUUUGCAUUCCGACUGGCUGGAGAAGCGAUGAGCUUGGAUGGCAAUUAG